CAACUAUCUUUAUUUAAUUAGUGGAAUUAAAAUUUCUUAUAAACAUGUCUAAAGACGAAACAUUUAAUCCGAAAGCUUAUCCAUUAGCAGAUCCUGUGUUAAAUAAAUCGAUUCUAGAUUUAGUUGUACAAUCCUCUAAUUAUAAGCAGUUGAAAAAAGGAGCAAAUGAAGCCACAAAAACUUUGAACAGGGGAUUAUCGGAGUUGAUUAUUAUGGCAGCUGAUGCUGAGCCAUUGGAGAUCUUAUUACAUUUACCCUUACUUUGUGAAGAUAAAAAUGUACCUUAUAUAUUUGUUCGUUCAAAGGAGGCACUUGGUAGAGCAUGUGGAGUGUAUAGACCUGUUAGUGCCUGCUCUAUUAUAUCUAAUGAAGGCUCAGAAAUCCAACAACAAAUACAUAGUGUUAGGCAAAACAUUGAAAGAUUGAUGAUAUGAAUUCUAUACCUUAUACAUGUACAUAUAAAUCAUGUUUAUAUUGUAAAUUCUAGAUUUAAUUGACAUUUAAUAAAAUUAACUACUUUAUGUUUAUAUUAUGA